AAUAAUAUUAUUUCAUUUCUGUCGCUAAGUGGAACCAUAGCGACUACAUGUGUAUUUUCCACUACGGCUUCUUUUGCGGACGGACCGGCCCCUAGUCAACAUGUGUAGCUAAUCAGCCGGUGAUAACAACUUUGACAGAACCUUUUUGUGUAGUCUGACAAGUUACGUUCAAUGUACGCGACUACUAACGAGUACUACUAGUGUUGGUGUAGUAUCAGUACAUUAAUUAAAUGUAUUUCCAUGAAGUUUGUAGUUGGGGUUAAUAUGGGUGCAGAGAACAAACAACACAUGAAAACUGUGUGUGAGUAAAUAACUGGCAUAAUUAUAUGGAUUAUGGUUUAAAAACCCUCCGUUAUUUUUGGUCGGUAAUUUUGGGAUGUUAAUCGCAAAAACGCCGAUCUUCGCUGGAUGCCUUCGGUUCGGUGUUGUCAAUGUGAGACGAGUUCGUUUUUCUGUUUCCAGCAACAUGGCAAAAAGCAAGUUUGAAUAUGUCCGCAACUUUGAGACCGAUGACACCUGUCUACGAAACUGCUACAUAGUUGUCAGGCUGGAUGGAAGGAAUUUCCACAGGUUUUCAGAGCAACACAACUUCACAAAGCCCAAUGACAACCGAGCCUUGGGCCUGAUGAGCAGGAGUGCUCGCUCUGUCAUGGAGGACAUGGAGGAUGUCGUCAUAGCUUAUGGUCAAAGUGACGAAUUCAGCUUUGUCUUUAAGAGAAACUCCACUCUGUUUAGGAGGAGAGCCAGUAAACUCAUGACCCACGUGACCUCCCAGUUUUCCUCCUCGUACGUGUUUUACUGGAGAGAGUUCUUCGGGGAGCAGCCUCUCCUGUACCCUCCGAGCUUUGAUGGACGUGUGGUGCUGUACCCCACCAACCAUAACCUGAGAGACUACCUGAGCUGGAGGCAGGCCGACUGUCACUUUAAUAAUUUGUAUAACACAGUGUUCUGGACAUUAGUGCAGACGGGGGGGCUCAGCACGGCCCAGGCCGAGGAUCGGUUAAAGGGAACAGUAGCUGCAGAUAAGAAUGAGAUCCUGUUCUCAGAGUUCAACAUCAACUACAACAAUGAAUCUGCACUACACAAAAAAGGCACCACUCUGAUCUGGACCAAGCAAAAUGAAACUGUUACCAAAUGUAUAAAAGUUUCAAAUGAAGAGGAGGAGAAGGAGGUUAGUGUGAUCCGCAGCAGGAGGAGGGUCCAGGCUCAUUACUGCGACAUCAUUGGAGAGCAGUUCUGGGACGAACACCCAGACAUCCUGGAGGAUGACGCUCACUGAGGGAUUCAAACUCAACUGAGCCGCGAUGCAGUUACUGUCACUGACAGACUGAGACGUCUGAGGAUUUCUCCAGUGAACUGUAGUUAUCACCUUUAGUUAAUAGUUACCAACAUGUUUAACCAGUGAGACGUGGCUUCAGAAGCCUGAGUGAGAGGGAAGUAGCAAAUUCAUUGUCACAGAGUGAAUGUAUGUGUGUGUAAAUGUAGAUAUGUAUGAACCCAAAAUUAAUUAUGAUUUUUUUUAAACAUUUUUCUGCUCAGUGUUUUUUUCUAACACUGCAGUUCUUCUGCAGCAGUCUGAACUGAUCAGCUGGACACACCCAUCACAGAGGGGCCAAAAUAAAAUAACUGGACCAAGUGCCAAACCGCUUAGAUCAAACAACUUCAGCCAGGCCCUGAAUCAGAAGAAGGAGGAAAAAAAUGUGUGCAAAAGAAUUCCAAAACAUCGAUUAAAAAGAAUCAGAAAAUCCCCCGUGGUGUAAGACGGCGCUCCCUUCUGUAGUGCACAGGAAGUACAUGUGAGGUAGAAGUAUUCCGUGAGUGCAGCAGAGCGGCCCGGUCCUGACGCCAGGACACCAUUUAGAGAUGUGAAUGGAUUCAUGGAGCUGCGCUGUCAUCAGAGCUAAGAAUACCUCACACACCCUGUGUCCACGCAGCAGCUCCGACUGGGACGGUUACUGUAGUAGGAUCACUUACUGGCAGCCAGGACAGCAGUAUUUUUGGUUCAGUCACUGUGUUCAAAGCCCAGAGCUACUGUUAUCAGGUGGAAUCUCAUUCAUCACAGAGGGACGGCCAUUUUAUUGAUUUUUUCUUUUUCUUUUCUAUAAACGGUUCUUCCUAA